AUGAGGAUGACUGAUGGCUACCUCAUCUGCCUCUUUGCUAUUGUUUUCACCAAGUGUCACCCAAACCAGGUCUGCAAGACCACUUAUGCUCAGACGAGCCAAAUUCGCGAAAUUCGGAAGAAGAUCAUACACCUUCAACUUAUCCAUGCAGGAACCCAACCCAAUUGGGGCGUAAAUAUUGGGGACAGCAUUCAAGUGGUAGGCCUUCGAGACUUGCUAAUCAUCACGGAUGAGACCCUAAUUCAAUUCUCGCGUGCAAGGCCCAUUCAGCAGACUUUCUUUCUUGUCCGUCUGUGGGACCAUCAUCUCCUUGGGCUGCCUGAUUUUUCAGAGCAGCUCGCCUUUGCAAAUGAAGGAGAGAUCAUAGAGGAUUGGUCUGAGUCCCAGUCUGGAUUAGACAACACUGACAAGUCAUUCAGCAACUCACCUGGAGAAGAGGAGUUGUCGAUUGACUCAGAUGUUCACUUACAAUCAUUGUGUUUGAUGGUUCACCUUGGGCAGGCUUUCAGCGCACUUUUGGUAGUGCAGCAACACGUUGGAGAAUACAAGAGGGUCACUCUUCAAUGCAGAGAUGCACUCCUUCGGGCAGAUUUCAAACAGCAAUGCAGCACACUGUGCGCUGCCAACAGAGACACCUCCUUCACUGCAAGUGAUCACGACAAGGCUAUUGACCUAUACUCAAUGGUGAUCGACCUGGAUUCUGCAUCCAAUAUAUUCUUUGCAAGUUGCAGCGAGGCAAAGUCAAGUAAAAUGCUGUGGGAGAAUGCGCUCCUUGACACCCGAAAGGUCACCAAACUCAAUCCUUUGUCUCAUGUUGGGUACCAGUUAUCACACUCAGCACUGCAUGGCCUUCACAAUCAUGUUGACCAAGUUGGACAAUUGCUCCUGAAGCUCAUAUACGAGAUCUGCGUCAGCAGGAUUCUGUGCAACCGAGCACCACAGAUAAACUCUUUCAAAACAAGUUCAGAGUACAAGGAGCUUUUUAUGUCUGUCAUCCAACACCUAGUCUGCUAUACUUGCGGAACAAAAAUAGAUGUCAAGUGGAGCGGUAACGGACACGGUGCGGGUGGUAAAUGGAUACAGAUUGUCAAUAGCCACCAACUGUAG